AUGAUUUUACCCUUGGGAAUCUUGCUUACGAAAUCUCUAGGAACAGCCGGCACGCGGAGUCUCCUCCCCGCGCAUCUUGCCGCUUCUACGCAUCUCGCUCCAGCCACUUCCGCUUCCGCCGCGGAUCUUCGAGCGCGGAGCUUCCAAUCCGCGUCCGCCGCUUCCGCCGCUCCUGCAGCGGCGGCGGAGGAAGCGGAGGAGGUGGUCCGCGCAUGGGGGGUGGAUGACGACGAGGAGGGGCUGAACGCGGGGAGACCCGUGCGCACGGGCGCGAUCGCCGUGAAAUGCGGGAUGACUGCCACGUGGGAUAAAUGGGGGGUCAGGAUCCCUCUAACAGUGCUCUGGAUAGAUGACAACCAAGUCGUGCAGGUGAAAACAAAGGAAAAAGAAGGUUACACCUCCCUCCAAAUCGGGUCCGGGCAGAAAAAACCAAAGCAGCUGACCAAACCGGAGCUGGGGCAUUGCCGGGCAGCAGGGGUGCCCCUGAAGCGAAAACUAGUGGAGUUCCGCGUAUCAGAGGAUUGCAUUCUGCCCGUGGGCACGCCCAUAGACGUGCGGCAUUUUGUUCCCGGGCAGUUUGUGGACGUCACAGGGACCACCGUGGGAAAAGGCUUCCAGGGUCCCAUGAAACGGUGGGGCUUUAAGGGCAUGCCAGCAUCCCACGGAGCAUCACUCUCUCAUCGAAGCCACGGGUCCACAGGAGGCCGGCAGGACCCUGGCAAGGUGUUCAAGAACAAGAAGAUGGCGGGGCAGAUGGGCAACAAGCAGCGCACGGUGCAGAGCGUGUGGGUGUACAAGGUGGAACCGGCCAGAGGGCUGCUUUGGGUCAAGGGGCAGGUUCCCGGCCACAGUGGCAACUUUGUGUUUGUGAAGGACGCAGUGAGGAAGCAUGAUGUGCAGGGGCCAGACGCUCAAGAGUAUGGCGGUUUGCAGUUGCCCUUCCCCACCUUCUACCCUCCUCCCGGGGAGGACUUGGCGUCUUUACCCCCGCUCAUCGCCGAUGCCAGAGAAGUAGACCCCUUCGCAGCCGAAGGAUAG